ACGAGAGAAGAGAUCGUUGAAAAUUUCUCGUUCGACGAAGUCUCCAGUUCGAAUAUGGCAGGUCGCGAUUUCGCAGCUUGGCAUUUAUUACGAAUGCGAAAGUUUUAACGCCGGCGAUCGAUGUGCAUGGUGCGAAUAAGAAAAUCGGAACGACCGAAGUUACACACCGAAUUGAUCUCUGAAACGGGAUUCAACUUGGUUGAAUAAAAGUGAAGGACAUGGAUGGGUCGAGAGCAGCGGAUGUUUUACCUUUGCUUCAAGAACGCCUGGCCGUUUUGCCAGGUGGUCGGGAUCGCAGGGGUGGAUCCGUGCUUGUGUUUCCAACUACUCCGAGACGUGAAAGAGCAAAACCCGAGGAUUACCGUCGCCUUCUGCAAUACCUGCUGAGCGUGCCCGGCGAUGAAGCCAGGGGCUUACGUUUCACGGUGAUAGUGGACAUGCGUGGUGCUACUUGGGACUCUGUUAAACCUAUUCUGAAGGUGUUGCACGAGCAUUUUCAUAGAUUGGUCCAUGUUGCGUUUAUCAUCAAACCGGAGAACUUCUGGCAGAAACAACGGACGUCGUUAGCUAAACAAAAGAAAUAUAACUUCGAAAUAAACACGAUAAGUUUAGAAGCUUUGACGAAAGUGAUCGAUCCGUCGCAGUUGACCGCUGAUUUAGAUGGAUCGUUGCAAUAUGAUCAUGCUCAGUGGAUCGACACGAGACUAGCCGUGGAAGACUUUACGUGGCAGGCGGCCGAUCUUCUCGAUAGAUUGGACGACUUGCAAGAGGAUUUGAGUCGAAACGACUUUGCGGACGAUGUGACCGGAGCGAAACACGGUAUUGAUUUGCACAACGAAAUGAAGAAGAAAAUUAUGAAGGUUCCGAUGGAAGAGAUCGAAAAUGUCGGUAAACGAUUGUUGCAACGUUUCAAUAACGGUAUGGCUGCGAGUAGUGGCGAAGGAGGUAGUAUAGAGAGUGGCGCGACAGGUGGCACCGAUCCCGAUGGUCGAGCAUUGGCAACGUUGGUGAUUCAACAUUUGGAUUCGGUACACGCCGCGCAACAACAUCUUUUGCAGUUGUGGCAUAUCAAGAAAGUAAAAUUGGAUCAAUGCUUCCAACUGAGACUUUUCGAGCAGGACUGUGAGAAAAUGUUCGACUGGAUAUGUCACAAUAGGGAAGGAUUUCUGGCGAAUUACGUCGAGAUUGGUCGAUCUUAUCAACUGGCUAAAAAUUUGCAGGAAGAGCAUAAACAUUUCACGAUGAGUUCGAUGAACGUUUACGUGAAUAUCAAUAAAAUUCUAACGAUGGCUAGCCGUCUGCUCGAAACGAAACAUUAUGCUGCCGGACACGUAAGGGCAGUGGCCGGACGACUAGAUCGAGCGUGGAAAGAAUUCGCUGCAGGACUCGACGAGCGUACCGCUGUUCUUAGUUUGAGCGUUGUGUUUCAUCAUAAAGCCGAGCAAUACGUCGAUAGCGUCGCAGGAUGGAGUCAAGCUUGCGAUGUUGGAAAUUUACCUAACGAAAUAUCGAUCUUAGAAUCUCACAUACGGCAGCAUCAAACUCUUUACGAGGCGAUGUGUCAAGCUUACACAGAGGUGCAUAGUACCAGUAAGAAGCUUCUUUAUCAACUGGAUCAUCUCGUGCAAGUCUGUAAUCAACCGCAAGGGAUAGACCAUACAGCCAGAAAACAUAGUCAGGAUGGACAUGGAAUCGACGGGCAUACCGGUAUGAGCGGAAAUCCAGCCGCGGAUUAUAGCGAGGGUGCGUCGCACGUAUUGGCCGUGAUCCAUCAAAUCUUGGGUCAUCACAGGGCAUUGGAAGCUCGUUGGCAUUCUCGAAAAGUCAAAUUACAUCAGCGACUCGCGUUAAGAUUAUUUCAAGAAGAUGUGAAACAAGUUUUGGAUUGGUUGACCAAUCACGGUGAAGUUUUCAUCAGAAAGAAUACGGGUGUAGGUCGAAAUCUACAAAAGGCGAGAGUAUAUCAGAAAAGUCAUGAGCAUUUUGAAAAUGUCGCACAGAACACUUAUACGAACGCCACUAAAUUACUUACCGCUGCGCAAGAAUUGGCGCAUACGGGCGAAUGUGCCCCCGACGAGAUAUACGCCGUGGCUGAAGAAUUAGAGGCCCACGUCGGUAGCUUCGCUGCAAGGGUUGAGCAACGUCGACGAAGAUUGGACUUGGCUGUUGUCUUUUAUACGCAUGAGAAAGAGUUGAGCGGUUGGGUUGACGAGUUGCGACAAGAACUGCAACAAGACGAGGUGGCGGAGAAUCUGGAAACAGCGGAGAGAUUGUUGGAGCAGUGUGCGCAACAUCGAGCCUCCUGCAUGGAAGCUUGUGCAUCGACUAUUGUUCAAGGCGAAGCGUUGCUUCGGGAACUCGGAGAGUCUACCGAUGCUCCGGAUACCACUGGUUCUAUAUCCGCGGUAGAGGCUGCGCUAGACAGGCUAGCAGGUUUAAGGCAGGAGUUGGAAGAUUUAUGGGCCACUAGAAAAUUGAGACUGGAACUGUGUCUGCGGCUACGUGUAUUCGAAAGAGAUGCUUUAGAAGCGAGUGGUCAAUUAGAGAUGUGGGCGCAAGAAUUACAAGGUCCGCUGCGAGAAGGUUCUCCUGAACAGCUGUUGCGUGUACACAACGACGGUGUAGCACAUAUGCAGAAUACCGCUUUUCAGGUUUUGCAACAAGGUCAAGAACUUGCUCAGGUAUUGGAACAGGCAGGAGUUUGCAUAAUGGCAGAUGGACAGCACAGUGCUGCGUCUAGGGUACAAGUGCUUCUGGAAUUUUUGAACGAAAGGGAAAUGGAUGCGGAGGACUUGGCAGAGAUGAGAAGGGUUCGUCUAGAGCAAGCUUCUCAAUUAGUUCAGUUGCAAACGGACGCUACGCACGUAGCUAAUUGGAUCCGUAAUGGAGAGGCUAUGCUGUUGGCCUCUUUGAGAGUACCUGAAAAUCUUCAGGAUGCGGAACAAUUACGUUUGGAACACGAACAAUUUCAAGUGGCGAUAGAAAAAACGCAUACCUCGGCGGUUCAGGUGAAGCAUAGAGCUGAUGCGCUGGUCAGCGCGAAUCACUAUGAUCCGAAGAGUAUAAGAGAAGUGGCUGAGGAUGUGACGAAGAGAUGGCAACAGUUGGUGACGUGUGCGGAGGAAAGGCAUAAAUUGGUAACUGCUAGCAUUAACUUUUACAAGACUGCGGAACAAGUGCGUUCCGUGUUGGAUAGUCUGGAACGGGAAUACAAAAGGGACGAGGAUUGGUGCGCUUCUGGCGAAAAGGCGCUGCAAGUACCGACACUCGUUGGCAAACAUCAAGAACAGAAAGAAGCGUUUUUGAAGGCGUGCACAUUGGUACGACGAACUGCGGAAACAUUCCUGAAAUAUACGAAUCGCAGUCUUCAGUUUUACAGUUAUCAGGCGAACAGCGCUGGUUCGGAGAAUAAAGUGAAAAGUAUUUUGGAGGAAUUGCUGAGUAAAGAGAAUCGCGUGCUGGAGUACUGGACGCAACGUAAAAAACGACUGGAUCAGUGUCAUCAGUACGUUUUGUUCGAGCGCAGUGCGAAACAGGCGCUCGAAUGGAUCAAAGAAACGGGCGAAUUAUAUUUAGCGACGCAUACCAACGUUGGGAAAAAUCGUAUCGAAAACGAACAAUUGCUACGAGAACACAACGAAUUUAAAGGAGCUGCGAAGGAAACGAGAGAAAGGGUGAAGUUGUUGAUCCAACUUGCGGACAAUUUGGUCGAAAAGGGGCAUGCUCAUGCGGCAGUGAUCAAACACUCGGUCGCCGAGGUGGAUCAACGAUACAAGGACUUUAGUACGCGCAUGGAUUGUUACAAAACUCAAAUCGAAGAUGAUCUCGGUAUCCAAUCGGACGAUGGCCAAAAGGAUCUUUCGAUCGAUCGGAAUUCCGAUCCUUUGUUGGAGGAGAAAAUCAAGGGAAAGGAUCUGAAAGAAUUGAACGAGGAGAAAAGAAGAUCGGCCCGACGGAAAGAAUUUAUCAUGGCUGAAUUGCUGCAAACCGAACGUACUUACGUGAAAGAUUUGGAAACGUGUAUUCGAUGUUUUUUGGAAGAAACGCGAUGCGGAAAAGUAAACGUUCCCGUUGGAUUGCAAGGGCGAGAGUCUAUAAUUUUUAGCAAUAUGGAAGAGAUUCAUCAUUUUCAUAGUAAUAUAUUUCUUCGUGAGUUGGAAAAAUACGAAACCAUGCCGGAAGACGUUGGUCAUUGUUUCGUGACAUGGGCACUCAAGUUUGACAUGUACGUAACAUACUGCAAGAAUAAACCGGAAAGUAAUCAAUUGUUGGUUACUCACGGUGGUACAUGGUUCGAGGAGUUACAGAGGAAACAUCGAGUUGAACACCCGAUUGCUGCGUAUUUAAUCAAACCGGUACAAAGGAUUACCAAAUAUCAGUUACUGCUGAAGGAUCUUCAGGCUUGUUGCCAAGAAGGACAGGGCGAGAUAAAGGAUGGACUGGAAGUAAUGUUGAAUGUGCCUAAGAAAGCAAACGAUGCCUUACAUUUGAGCAUGCUGGAAGGUUGCGACGUAAGAAUAGAUACACUAGGCGACGUAGUGCUGCAGGACUCUUUUACGGUGUGGGAUCCUAAGCAAUUGAUCAGAAAAGGCAGGGAUCGGCAUAUAUUUCUGUUCGAGUUGUACCUGCUGUUUAGCAAAGAGGUGAAAGAUUCCGCCGGAAAGGUCAAGUACAUUUACAAGAGCCGGCUGAUGACAUCCGAGUUGGGCGUGACCGAACAUAUCGAGGGUGACGAAUGCAAAUUUGCCGUUUGGACAGGACGCGCACCGACCAGCGAUACUCGCGUUGUACUCCGAGCUAAUUCGAUGGACGCUAAGCAGUUGUGGGUGAAACGAUUGCGCGAGGUUAUUCAGGAGACGUAUUUCAGUUUAAGCAUGCCCAAGAGCCCUGCGAAAAAGAGUUCGAGCCAGCGUUCCAGUCGAGAUCUCGAAGAAUGCGCUUCUCUGGACGACAGCGUGGAGAAUCUUGAUCGAAAUUCGCUGGCAUCCUUUGGUUCUACCAACACCACCGACUCGGAUAAGACUGGCGUAGCCGAGGUGACUUGGGUUAUCGCGGAUCACUCGGCGGCACCUGGUUCGAAAGAGUUGACGGUGACGAAGGGCCAACAAGUUGAGGUGUUGGAGAAUGGAAGCAGUAUCACCGGUGUGAACGCAUCCGAAUGGACCCACGUGCGUUUGUUGCUCGCUCCGGGGCAAGUGGAUCCUCCGCCGGAAGGAUUGGUCCCUACCAGUGCGCUUAAACAGCCUCCGCCGGUUUCCACCAAGACUUCGCCGUCUAGGAAAGUUGCAGGCCAGCAACAGCUCCCGCCGCAACAACAAUCGUCGUUUUAUCAUCAACAGCAAUCGAGCGGCGGUAGCGGCGGGGGCGGUGGUCAAGUUCAAAGUACUAUCUCGUCGUCGUCGGGUGGUGUGAUCGGUAUCUCGUCUGUAUCGCCCUCUGGUACAGGAAUCGCGGCGGGAGCAGCGUCUUCGUCCUCGUCGUUGUCGUCGUCGUCGUCGUCGUCGACACCGGCAGCGACGGCGGCUGGUGCAGCGAUAACGACAGGCGUAUCUCCGGCCGGAUUAUCCAUUCAGAAUGUGGCUGCGUCCGUACUGUCGGACGAAACAGAAAAUGUCAUUGGGAACGAUGGAAGUGGUGGUGCCACGGCGAACACCAGUUCACCGGGAAACAAAAGACGUGUGUUUAGCGGGAGAAAGUGGCUACCCCCUCCGCUGCGUAAACUUAGCCAAGGUAAAGUUGAGAAAUCGGCGGCGACCAAUACGACGAUGGCAUCGGCGGCGGCGGCCGAUCGUUCGGAUUGUUCCUCCGUGAAGAAGAACGUGUCCGAGAAACGAUUCAAAUUACCCAGCGGCGCUGAACAGACGACUCGUGUCGGUCCAUCUAGAAGCACGGCGACCACCGCCGCUGCCGCCGCCCCCGUUUCCAUUUCCACCUUGACAAUCGUGACCGCGUCUAUGCGUGUGUCUACUUCGGUCUCCGAGACGGAGUUGGAGACCGAAUUGGAAGCAGAAGUCGAGGUAGAAGAGGAAGAAGGAGAAAUCGAACAAUCGGAAGCUGAAUUGGAAGAGGAUGCACCGGAACCCGACGAAACCGAGGCUUUAACUUACUCCGAACAGAACGGAGCGGAUGAUGCCGAGGACGAAUUGGAACUUCCACCGCCAAUGAAACCUAUCACUGAACCGAUACUCGUCGCGACUAGUAACGCAUCGUCAGGAUCUGUCGUUGCAACGGAGACCUGCGGAAAAUCUCGAGCAUCCGAACGCUCUACGAAGAUUCUCGACGGCGCGACGAGCGCUGAUUUGGCUGAAAUCGAGCAAAUCGUUAAGGAAAGAAUGGAACAACACACGGAAAAUCAAGAGAGGCAAAGUCUGAUGCGUACACCUAGCGAUAAAAGCUCGAACGUUGAGAUUGUCGGCGACGAUAGCUGCGACGAAAGUUCCUUGUCGACGAUAAUGGUUAGCGCUACUACUGCGACCACGACGACGGCCACCGUCGCAUCAGCUACAACAAGUAGUCCGUCUCAUACGAAUCCGGAGGAGUGCGAUCCGGAAAGUGCAGUCCUUUCGAAACGACAGUUCGUUAUUCGGGAAUUGGUGGACACGGAGAAAGAUUAUGUGAAUGAUCUGAAACAAAUAGUCGAAGGUUAUAUGUCGUUGAUGCGAGAUCCCGAGUGCGAAGUUCCAUUACCGGAUGACCUGCGUGGUGGAAAAGACAAGAUGGUUUUUGGCAACGUAGAAGCAAUCUACGAGUGGCACAGAGACUUCUUCCUCAAAGCUUUGGAACGUUGUCUAGAACGACCCGAAGAACUUGGCCCGUUGUUCAAACGAUACGAAAGAAAGUUACACAUGUACGUUGUUUAUUGUCAGAAUAAACCAGUUUCCGAGUACAUCGUUUCGGAGUAUAUAGACACCUAUUUCGAGGAACUGAGACAAAUGCUCGGACAUCGAUUGCAAUUGUGCGAUCUUUUGAUAAAACCGGUUCAGAGGAUCACCAAGUACCAACUUCUUCUCAGAGAAGCAUUAAGACAUACUGAACGAACUGAAAGGUUCUCGGAAAUCGAAGGACUGAGAGCUGCGGUUCAUGUAAUGCGUAUUAUCCCGAAGGCGGCCAACGACAUGAUGGAUGUUGGAAGACUUCAAGGUUUCGACGUGAGGAUUACAGCACAGGGGAAAUUAUUGUUGCAUGGACCACUUUUAGUCUCGGAAAUAUCUUCGAAUUUACCGAGUAGAGGAAGAGAAUGGCAAGUUUUCCUCUUCGAGCAAAAUAUUAUUUUUAGCGAGGCUGUCGGAAAAAAGACGCAAUUUACCAAUCCCGCUUAUAUUUACAAAGCCCAUAUACAGGUGAAUAAAAUGAGCCUGGAAGAAUGUUACGACGACCCGGAAAAAUUUGUCAUUCGAUCGACCGACCCCCGAAAACCUGGCCUUGGAUUCUCUUGUAGCGCGGUAGAAGAAAAUGGGCCACGAAAGCAGGAGUGGGUAGACACGAUCACUGCCAUCCUGCAGACUCAACGUGACUUCCUCAAGGCGAUACAGUCGCCAAUUGCCUACCAAAAGGAACUUACCAAAGAUCCAUUUCGUGGCGUGAGUCCGGAAUCUCCGUGUCGAGGAAGCGUACUUCCGACGGUUUCAUCAACGAUACCGAACGUGUCUAAAACGAACGAAGAAAGGAGAAAUGAAAUCGCUACAGUUGCUGCAGCAACCACAGCUAUAACAACAGCAACAACAGUAGCAACAGCAACAACAUCGGUUUCGCAACGAUCUCGCGCCGUUGGAGGCUUGGAUCAAGAUUCUUCGCAAACGCCUAGCCCUAGCAAAAGCAGACUGAAUUUUCUCGAGGGAUUCAGGAGCACCCUGCGACCACGAUCACCUGUUCGCAACAACUCUAUCCCGAUCGUUCCAGGUAGCAGAGUAAGAUUAACCGCGGAUUGGGGCAAGUUACACGCCGGCGAAGAGUUGGAGAUCGGCCGAGUGGACGGUCCAGGACUGAUCGUCUCGCCAGUAGUCGGGAAAAAGGAAGAAUUCUGGAUUCCGGCGAGUCUCGUUCCGAAUUCGUCGGUCAGCCGCGCAUGGUCGUUUCGUCCGCGAAGAAUCGAUACUGAGGGAGAGAGCGUCCGUCUUCCGCAGGAUAUGCACGCGGAAGAGAACGGUCCUCCCGUGAUCUUGACUAUUCCGUGUUCGAUCAGGGCGACGGCCGGUGGCGUGGCUCGACUCGUGCUGGAAGCGCGUCACGUGGAACGCGCAAUCGUCUCUUGGAGAAAGGAGGGGCAACGAUGUGACAUCGAGGAAGGCGAUCGAUAUCGACUUUUCCGAACGGCCGAUUCCCUUUCUCUCGAAAUUGCUCCUUGUCUUCCUUCUGAUUCCGGGAUUUACCACUGUCGCGUCGAACAUGAAACGGGUUCUUGUUCGGCCAAAAUUCCCCUUCGUAUCGUAGGCAUUGAUACAACAAACGCUUGGAACGACACGAUCGAAAACAAUCGAUCGUCGAACGAAUUGACGGGGGAGACAUCUUCGAUGAUCGUUAUGCUCCCGAAUUUGAAGAAAAGGCUAACGGAAACUGAACAGCACCAAGAGCAACAACAACAACAACAGUAUAUAGGAAAAUAUGUUGAAUUGGAAGAAUUGGGGAGUGGUAGAUUCGCUAAAGUGUAUCGUGCAAGGGAGAAUGGAUCCGAGCGAAAAAUUGCGCUCAAGCAAAUAUACCGAGCGAAACAACCGCUACUACUGACCCGUGCCGAAUACGAUCUUCUCAGAAGUACUCGUCACGAUAAUAUCGUUGGAGCAUUUGCACUUUUCGAGGAUACACCUGAACCGGAUAUCGAUACUAUCGUUUUAGAGCUGGUCAACGGUUCGACGUUGUUCGCGUACCUUGGCGAACAAACUGAAUACACGGAAGCGACUAUAGCAAGGUACACCGGUCAAUUGUUGUCAGCGUUGCAAUGGUUGCAUUCCCGUAAGCGAGCUCACUUGGAUUUGAAGCCGGAGAACGUUCUGAUCGAUAACCAGACCGAUAUCGUGAAAUUGAUCGAUUUCGGUGAAGCUGUUAGAGCGAUACCAUUGGACGAAGUUGUUCCUCCCGUUGAUUUGGAAUUCGCAGCCCCGGAGUCGGUUCUCGGUAAACCGACAGGAUCCUACACAGACAUAUGGGCUACCGGAGUUUUCCUUUACGUGCUUCUUAGCGGCCUUUCACCCUUCUUGGACGAUUCUAUCGAGGAAACCACCGCGAAUAUACUUAAAUGCGAUUUUUGUUUUCCUGACGAAUACUUCAGAGAGAUAUCGAGUGACGCGAAGCAUCUUCUUGAAAGACUGCUAUGUCUACGCGGAGAUGAUAGAGCGACCGCUCAACUUUCUUUAUCGUCACCUUGGUUUAAGAUAUCUAUUGGCGCGACGAUCCCUUCUUCCCGAAUGAUUGCGUUUAUCGACCGCCGUGCUCAUCGCUCAAAAUCUAGCCAGGAUCGAAAUAGUAGUUUUUAUUCUUGAAUCAGCAUCGUUCGCAAACACACACACACACACACACACACACGCGCGCGCGCGCGCGAAGAGGGGGUGGGGGAGAUGUUUGUAUGUAUGUAUAUAAUUUAUUGAUGAACAACUUUAAAAGAUUCCGGCCGAAUUCGGCUGACUGUAAA